GGGCAUUAGGACCGUGAGGAUCGCUCCGCGCGCCUGUCUCUCCCUAUCACCCCCCCCAACCCCCACCUCUCUCCUUUUUCUGCUCUGCAGGACUGAGCAGCCGGGCGCGAGCGAAAACAAACAGCUGCGGCUGCGAGCGCCCCCGCCCCGACCCCUAGAGCUCGCCGGCCCGGGCCCCCACGCGGGGCGCCCUCCCGCCCACCAUGAGGAAGAUCCGCGCCAAUGCCAUCGCCAUCCUGACCGUAGCCUGGAUCCUGGGCACUUUCUACUACUUAUGGCAGGACAACCGAGCCCACGCCGCAUCCUCUGGCGGCCGGGGCGCGCAGAAGGCCGGCGGAAGGCCGGAGCAGCUCCGCGAAGACCGCACCAUCCCGCUCAUUGUGACAGGAACACCCUCCAGAGGCUUUGAUGAGAAGGCGUAUCUGGCAGCCAAGCAGCUGAAGCCCGGAGAGGACCCCUACAGGCAGCACGCCUUCAACCAGCUGGAGAGCGACAAGCUGACCUCAGACCGACCCAUCCGGGACACCCGUCACUACAGUUGUCCAUCCCUGUCCUACUCCUCGGACCUGCCGGCCACCAGCGUCAUCAUCACCUUCCACAACGAAGCCCGAUCCACCCUGCUGCGCACGGUGAAGAGUGUCCUGAACCGAACUCCUGCCAGCCUGAUCCAGGAGAUCAUUUUAGUGGAUGACUUCAGUUCAGAUCCUGAAGACUGUCUGCUCCUGACCAGGAUCCCCAAGGUCAAGUGCCUGCGCAACGACCGGAGGGAAGGGCUGAUCCGGUCCCGGGUCCGCGGGGCAGACGUGGCCGCAGCCGCCGUCCUCACCUUUCUGGACAGCCACUGUGAGGUGAACACCGAGUGGCUGCAGCCCCUGCUGCAGCGGGUGAAGGAGGACCACACCCGCGUGGUGAGCCCCAUCAUUGACGUCAUCAGUCUGGAUAAUUUUGCUUACCUUGCUGCAUCGGCUGACCUUCGUGGAGGAUUCGACUGGAGCCUGCACUUCAAGUGGGAGCAGAUCCCUCUGGAGCAGAAGAUUGCCCGGACAGACCCCACCAAGCCCAUAAGGACGCCCGUCAUAGCUGGAGGAAUCUUUGUGAUUGACAAGUCCUGGUUUAACCACUUGGGAAAGUAUGAUGCCCAGAUGGAUAUCUGGGGGGGAGAGAACUUCGAGCUCUCCUUCAGGGUGUGGAUGUGCGGAGGGAGCUUGGAGAUCGUGCCCUGCAGCCGGGUGGGCCAUGUCUUCAGGAAACGGCAUCCCUACAACUUCCCCGAGGGCAACGCCCUCACCUACAUCAGGAAUACCAAGCGCACUGCAGAGGUGUGGAUGGACGAAUACAAGCAAUAUUACUACGAGGCCCGGCCCUCCGCCAUCGGGAAGGCCUUCGGCAGUGUGGCCUCGAGGAUCGAGCAGAGGAAGAAGAUGAACUGCAAGUCCUUCCGCUGGUACUUGGAGAACGUCUACCCAGAGCUCACGGUCCCAGUGAAGGAAGUGCUCCCCAGCAUCAUUAAGCAAGGAGUUAAUUGCCUGGAAUCCCAGGGCCAGGACACAGCUGGUAACUUCCUGCUUGGAGUGGGGACCUGCAGGGGGUCUGCCAAGAACCCGCCAGCACCCCAGGCAUGGCUGUUCAGUGACCACCUCAUCCAGCAGCAGGGGAAGUGCCUGACAGCCACCUCCACCUCCGCCUCCAUCUCCCCUGGGUCCCCGGUCGGACUACAGACGUGCAACCCGAGAGAAGGCAAACAGAGAUGGAGGAGAAAAGCCUCUUUCAUCCAGCACUCGGUCAGCGGCCUCUGCCUGGAGGCCCAGCCCACCCAGCUGGUGACCAGCAAGUGCCAGGCUGACGCUCCCGCCCAGCAGUGGCAGCUGUUGCCGCAGCCGCACACAUGAUGGCAGCCCGGGGCCUCCUGUACCUUCUGCAUGAGACUUUGGGACUGGAAGGGGUUAGGGUGGGGGAGUGUAAAGCGGGCCGUUCCCAUCUCCUCACAUUUCUGCCGGAACCAUCAGCAAACACCCCUGCCAUGAGACACCAUUCUCCAGAGCUUGCACAGGGCGGGCAUGGGGGCGUGCCUCGGUGCCCAGGCUGCCGACCCGCCCUCACCCCGGGAGAGAAGAAGGCCAGGGUGCUGGACUGCUGCUGGGUAGAGACUGGGCAGGUGCCCUCACAUCUUUGUCCCCUCCCUUCUCCUUCCUGGGGGCCUGGGCAGUGGGUUGGGUGCCCUCCCGUCGUCGUCUGGGUAGAUCAAGGACAGAAGCCCACCUAGGGUCCCCACUGUGUCACAGGCCCUGCUUGUGGGAUCAUGGGAAGAGGAUGUAGGUGGCAUGGAUGGAGAAACUGAGGCUGGGAGGAGAGGGGCAGCCUGCAGCGUGGGUGGAGAACCAGAGGGAAGUGAGUAGCUCAGUGGCCUGUCCCCGGCAGGUGCUGGGCUGGGUGUG